AUGCACUUCCCCGUCUUUGCUGUUUUGGCAGCAUUCCCCCUUCUCACCGGUGCUCUUGGAUAUGGCCACCGCCGUAUCCAGGGCCGCGAUGUCAAGACCGAAAUCGUACUCGUCACCCAGAUGGUGUACACGACCAUGAUCAUCGCUCCAACCCCCGCCCCCGUUGCCUCACAGGCACCCACUUUGAGCAUCCUCACCGUCGGCAAUCCAAACACCAUUGUGCCCAUCCCCUCACCUUCUGGCGCUACACUCGCAAAGCCCAUCGUAAACUCAUGCGAAUACGACGUCUGGGUCUCCUCCAUCGGCGGCCACGAAAGCUGCGGACCAGGCAACACUGACUACCUCGUCCGGACCAAGACUACAUACACAGAGGCCCUCCGGGUAUGCAAUAAUGCUGGGGUCUCGCUCAAGGUAGCAAAGACUGUCGUGGGUCUCGCGAAACCCAUGCAGUUCGAAUAUACCGUCGGGGCAGACAAGAAAUCCGUGUCGUACGAUAUCUCGUAUCUGGACUGCAUGGUGAAAAACGGCACGGAGGUUAAACAUUUCGCGGGGUGCGUUGGGCAGGAGAAGGGGACUCAGGCUGCAGGUGGGAAUAAUUGCAAGGGGUUCCAUUGUGUGCCUGGAGUCGAGUGUGCGCAGUUGGCGUAUACAGAGCCGGAGUUUGAGGGAAAGAAGGAUGCGCCUGUUGGCACUUGUGGAGUUGAUGACGGAGUUGUGUUUGAGAUUUGUGCGGGGAACAGGGCGUGA